AGGAGGCGCGCAGCAGCGCGGAGGUAGCACUGCGCUGGGGUCGGCGCCAUGCCGGGGCUGUGGGAGCGGCUGGCGGGCGGCGAGCGGGGCCGCCUGGAGACCUCGGACUGCGAGUCGCUGGGCAGCGCCUCCGGCUCGGAGGGAGACCCCGAGUACGCCGACGAGGCCUCCCUGCCGGACCUGGACCUGCUGCACGACCCCGAGGAUGAGCUGCUGUGCGCCAACCUGAUGGACGUGGUCCAGGCCACGCUGGGCAAGGCCCCGCUGGGCCCCAAGCGGUGCUCCCGGCUCCUCAUGCCGGAGCAGCUCGUGGCGCAGGUGCGGACGGAGCUGCUGCGCCUGGCCUGCAGCGAGCCCUGCGGGCUGCGCGGGGCCCUCCUCGACCUCUGCGUGGAGCACGGCAAGGCCUGCCACGACGUGGGGCACAUCGCCGUGGACCCCACAGUGGUGCCCACCUUCCAGCUCACCCUCGUGCUCCGGCUGGACUCCCGCCUCUGGCCCAAGAUCCAGGGACUCUUCUCCUCGGCGCCCGCUUUCACGCCGGGCUUCAGCCAGUCGCUGAAGCUGGGCACGGGCUUCAGGGUCAUCAAGAAGAAGCUGUACAGCUCCGAGCAGCUGCUCAUCGAGGAGUGCUGACGGGCUGUGCCAUGGCACGCCAGCCUGGAGAAGCGGCUCACCCAAGUGCUUUUGGAAGAGCUAACAAGAAGGAAAAAAAAAAAAAAGAAACAAAAAAAACACAAGCUGGUUAGAGCGUGGCGGCUCUUGGCAGCCACUGUAGUUUAGGUUAGGCUGGAAUAGGGCUCUAGGUGGAAGUAGUCUGGGCAGGCGGAGGUCCCCGCCGUGCCGCCCACGCCGGGGUGUCCCCGGUGUGUGCGGCGCAGCCCCCCCGGCGGUGCCGACCCCGGGGCCGUGCCCUGCCGGCUUCACACUUCCAAUGAUUGUAGGAUGUUCUGAUUGCGGCGACUGUGCUCCCCGUCCCGGCAGCAGGGCUGCUGGAGCAGACCCUCUCCCUGCCCUUGCCUGAUGACCUUUUUUGUUAACGAGUGUAAUCAGUGGGGUUCUGGGGGAGGGGGUGUGCGUGGGAAUGAGUGACAGCUAAGCUAAAGGUCCGAUUGAGCCGAGUCUGAAUCCGAGACAAAACUCCACUACUGACAUCUGGGCAGCUACGUUCAGACUCCCGGGAAAGGCGGAGGCCGGGAUUACCAGGGUGGGGGUCCGAAAUCACCUCGUGUCUUCGAUCACAAACUAAAACACUGCUGGGAGGCACCUCCGGCCCCGGUGGGAGAGGGGACGCGCGGCGAGGGCAGGCUCCCUCGUGGACCACCUGGGUGGUGGGCGCUCCCGUUGAUUACAGUUUACACUAGUACACUUGAUGUUCAAGUGCAAAACUUUCUAUGCAACUGUGUGGUUUUUUUUUUUUUUACUUUUCUAAUAAAACCUUUCUAAUUGA